CAACUGUAUGUGCUCAUUGCCCUCAGCUAUAAAUAGAGCAGAGAAAAUUGAGAAGCUUCGAGAUUGUAGAAAGUCGACUGAGAAGCAGAAACGAUGAGCUUAAAGCGAACGUUUGUGUUGUGCUGUGGAUUUGUGAUGUUGAGUCUCACACACGCCGCUAACAAACAGACGACGGUCUGUGACAUCGGUCUGAUCAUCACGAAACACUUCCACACGUCAGAGUUAGAGACGAUGGAUGGAAACGGCAGCAUCAACAACCGCUCUCUGUCUGCCUGGAAGUGGAUACCUCACACCAGCACCCACAGGAUCCCCAGCGUGAUAUUUGAGGCGGAUUGUGAGUAUCAUCACUGCACAUAUCCAAACAACCAGGAGCACAGGGAGCUGAACUCUGUACCUAUAUACAGCUACAUGCUGGUGCUCAAACAGGACCCAAAGAACAGGAAAUGCUUCACUGUAAAUUUCCACAGGGUCACCGUGGGCUGCACGUGUGUGUGGGAAAGAUCAUCGCCGUGACGUGCGUUCACAUCAACCGAGCGGUUUAACACUUUAACGCACAUGAAUAAAUAAAAUGAGAUUAAUUUAAAGAAUAAGACGUUGUUCAAUUAAGACAAUUAAGAUGUAUGACAUUAAUUAAUUGUGACAAUGUUGUGAUUACUUUGUUUGGAACUGUUUGUUAUUGAACUGACUUUUGACUGAUGUUAUACACAGAUGUGUCACAUCUACACUGUAUGUUGUUGUGUAUAUUUACUGAGACACAAUAAAAUCUACG